AUGCCCUUCGCACAGCUCGUCAUCGGUCCUCCCGGAGCCGGCAAAUCCACCUACUGCAAUGGAAUGCAUCAGUUCCUCGGCGCAAUCGGCCGAAAGUGCUCGAUCGUGAAUCUGGACCCCGCCAACGACAGAACCUCAUAUCCGUGUGCGCUGGACGUGCGCGACCUUGUGACGUUAGAGGAGAUUAUGGAUGAACACAAAUUGGGACCAAAUGGAGCGACGCUGUAUGCGUUGGAGGACCUUGAGGAGAAUUUUGAAUGGUUGGAGACGGGACUGAAGGAGCUUGGCGAGGAUUAUGUGAUCUUCGACUGUCCCGGCCAGGUCGAGCUAUUUACGCAUCACGACUCACUACGGAACAUCUUUUUCAAGAUCUCCAAGAUGGGCUAUCGGCUGAUAGUGAUCCACCUGAUUGACUCAUACGCGCUCACCCUGCCAUCGAUGUACAUUUCCGCUCUUCUUCUCUCCCUUCGUGCCAUGUUGCAACUCGAUCUCCCUCACCUGAAUGUCUUGACGAAAAUCGACAACUUAUCCAACUAUACCAAUCUUCCCUUCAACCUCGACUACUAUACCGAGGUCCAAGACCUCAACUACCUCAUCCCUCAUCUCGAGGCCGAGUCCUCUCGCCUCACGAAUUCCAAAUUCGGAGCCCUGAAUAAUGCGAUCAUCGACCUGGUCGAAGAGUUCGGCCUCGUGGCGUUUGAAACGCUAGCCGUCGAAGACAAGAAGAGCAUGAUGAACUUGCUCAAGGCGAUUGACCGCGCGAGCGGAUAUGCGUUCGGACCGGCCGAAGGUGCGAAUGACACUGUCUGGUCGGUGGCGGUGCGAGAGGGACUCGGUGGGAUGGACGUGCGAGAUGUGCAGGAACGCUGGUUGGACGCCAAGGACGAGUUCGACGCUCAGGAACGGGCUGAAUUGGAGGAGACUGCUCGGCUGGAAGAGGAGGCGCGCAAGAUGGCAAUGAAUGCCGAAUUGGCCAGUCGGGAAGGUGACGAAGCGGAUGACUUUGAUGAUGAAUUGGCGAGCUGGAAGGCGUCUGCGCCGGACAGUGGGAUUACCGUGCGGCGCAAACCAACGUAG